AUGCUGAUCCCGUUCCUCGGGGCAUCGCAGCCCGUGUUUGGCGUCGACCUCACCAACGCAGUGGCCGAAACCCACCUUGCCGAUGGACUCGACAUCCCCUGCAUCGUGCGCAGCUGUAUCUCCUUUGUGCACGAGCAUGGGCUGGAGGAAGUCGGCGUCUAUCGCGUCUCAGGCCGCGCCACUGACGUGCAAGCCGUGCGUAAGCACUUUGACACACUGAUGCCAGAUCAUGUGCACGUGGCAGCGAGCGUGCUCAAAGCCUACUUCCGCGAACUACCCGAUCCCCUCCUGACGCACCAAUUGCGACCAGACUUUAUGGCCCUGGUGGAACAGGACGCGGGGCCAGAGCAGUUGGCGCGACAACUGCAAGCCUUACCACUGCCCCACUAUCAGACUCUGGCCUGGCUCAUCUUUCACCUGGCCGAGAUUGCGCGCCACGCCGAGGAGAAUCGCAUGCAGCCGGACAACAUCUUCAUUGUCUUUUGCCCCACUCUGCAAAUCAAUCGGGUAGGUUGGCUCUCCAUACCCCAAUCUUGGGCAGCGUGUGCGGGGCCAGCGCCGACGACCUGCACCUGCUUCUUGCCACGCUAA